AUGGCGGCAUUCUCAGCUACCUUUGACCUUCAAGGACGUGUCAGUAGAUUUCUCUCAGGAGGAGUGGGAAUGUCUGGACCCAGGUCAGCAGAAAUUGAACUCGGACAUGAUGUUGGAGAAGUACAGGAACCUGGUCUCCCUAGUUGUGUUUUUCUGCCAAAAAUGGAAUUUGUGAAGGAAGUAGUCGAGAUGCUGGAAUUUCAUGCAGAAAUCCCAGGAAUCCUGGGCUUUCCUGUUCCUCUGAGACAGCCUGUGCCUGCGUUCUGCUUUGCCAUACCAUGGCAUCAAGACUUACACAGCAUAUCCUCCAACAAGCAGCAGUGUCCUUCAGAGGACAGCAGCACAGGAAUACCCUUCCUCCUGCUCUCAGAGGACGCCACUGCUACAACCAAGGGAUCUGUGCAGGUGGCUGGCCAUGACCUGCGCAGUGCCAAUGAUUACACAGUGCCACCUAUGGAGAAAGCCCUUGUGAAAACGGGCAGUCAGAUCACUCUGCCUGCUCAGUGCUGUGGAAGAGGAGCUCCAUGUUCUGGCGUGGCUGCAAAACACUUCCUAGAUGUAGCAACAGGUUUCAUAGAUGGAGAUUAUGGAGAAAAUACGUGUGGUGUGCUGUUCAAUUUUGGCAAGAAGUUUAUAGUGAGGAAGUGUGAGUGUGUUGCACAGCUCAUUUGUGAACGGGUCUGUUAUACAGAAAGAGGGCAAGUUGAAAGUUUGGACGACACUGAAUGGGGUUCCAGAGGUUUUGGUUCCACGGGAAAGAUUUGA